CCACUAAGAUCUGACUUUAUAGUGUAAUUCCCUAAGAUCUGACUUUAUGGUGUUGUGAUCCACUAAAAUCUGACUUUAUAGUGUAAUCCCCUAAGAUCUGACUUUAUGGUGUUGUAAUCUACUAAGAUCUAAUUUUAUGGUGUUGUGAUCCACUAAGAUUGAUUUUAUGGUGUUGUGAUCCACUAAGAUCUGACUUUAUGGUGUAAUUCCCUAAGAUCUGACUUUAUGGUGUUGUGAUCCACUAGUGCUAGCUAGGUUUGUGAUCUGCGAGACAGCUUCAACAGCAAUAGAUGGAAAUAGCCAAGUGAGAAAAAUGUUGUUGACAAGUAAAAAUGGAAAAACUGUGAAAGUUACAGUAGAGAAGAAGGAAGAUUUUAAUGAGAGUCAUAAACUAUUUCAGUACAAAGUGAGAGUAGCAUUUAGAUGUGGCGUCAUGAGACACUAGCAGCAAGAGAACGUGUUCAAGGAAGAGGCGAAAAGAUUGUGAUUGCAAGGACAAAAAUCGAAGAAGAGAGGGUAAUAGAAGGGGGAGGAGGAGGAGGAAGAUGAAAGUGUUGGUGUUGGGACGGUGGGUGAGGGAGGUAGACUGCUACUACAGCAGGAGGUAGCCUGCUACUACUGCAAGAGGUAGGCAUGCCUCGCGGGUUUCUGGAGCGUCACCUCCACCGUCGCGGUGGAGGCCUCGAUCAUACCUCCUCUUCCACCACCAACACCACUACCACCACCUCAACCUCCAGCAGCAGCACCUCCACCCGUGCCCACCAUCACCACCACCACCAUGACUCGCACCACGGACACUCCACCUCCGGCAGCUUCAGAAAAGGUUCACGGACGUGGGCUGAAGAUUGUUGUGGUGGGGAGUCGGACCUGCCAGAUGACAUGCCCACCAACCCCGCCCACCCACUCUACACCGCCCAUACGCCCCGCUCUGCCGCCCCCAACACCACCAGCUCCCGCUCUUCCGCCACUCUUGAUGCUGACAUUCAGGAACUGCUCGCCAGGAACUCUAAGUGUGCGGGUGGUGUACUAGUGCUGCUGGUGGGCGUGGUGGUGGGGGCGUGGGUGUUAGGGUCCUGGGGUGCCUCGUGGGCAUGGCUUAUGGUGAGUGUGGGCGUGACCUGGGCGCUGGUGUCAGGAGCCUUGCAGCGAGCAGCAGAGGAUGCUACCAGGUACGAGUCUCUACGUCUACAUCGUCGUCGAGCGCUACAGGCAGACGAGACUUGUGAGUGGCUUAACUUGUUGGUCAACCGCUGGUGGGUCUUCUCCUCUGCUUCUAUCUUCGCCAGGGUCAAGGCUGCUCUCGACCCUAGGCUCAAUGAUGCCAAGCCCGCCUUCCUAGAAGCCAUCUGUCUGAAGCAGCUGAGUCUUGGAGAGCGCACGCCCGUGCUACGCAGCGUCAGGGCGUGGGAUAUCUCCAGCACAGCCACGGGCGUGGAGGGCGUGCCACGCCGUCCACUCUGUCCAUCACGCCCACCCCCAGGACUCGCCCACGCCCCCACCCACACCCUUGCCCUCAUGUGCGAUCUAGCACUCGACUCUGAUUCAUUUUCUGCCGUGUUGGCUGCCAGGAUAGGUGGCAAGGGGGUGGGCGUGGACCUGGAUGUGGGCGUGGAGAAGCUUGCUGUUCUGGGGCGUGUGGUUGUGACAGUCACCCUGGAUAUGGAGGCACCCUUCCCACACCUCACCCGCCUCGCUCUCUCCUUCACUGAGAAACCUCAAGUCUGGUUCAGCGUCAGGAUUCUCAAGGCAGUGCAGAUGAUGGAGGUGCCAGUACUCAAAACGUGGCUCCACUCACUAGUCAUGGAUGCACUCUCCACUGCCUGGGUUGACCCAGGUCAGCUUGAGAUCAGUAUCCACUCAACAGAGGUUAUUGUGCCAGAGACUCGCCCUGGAGACACUCUAGCUCAGGGUGUCCUCACUGUCAUAUUGUGGACACUUAAGGCCACUUCAGGUGUAGGUCUUGAUGAGGACAAGUGGGUGGUGGUAAUGGUAGAUGGACAGCAGCAUGUGACGCCGGCCAUUACUACACCCCGCUGGCAGGAGGCAUGCAGCUUUCUGGUGAGCUCGUCACCCAAUCACCACAAUCUGGUACUCAAAGUCAAGACCAAGAGGCUCAUAACUACCACUCUCACACAGUUCGACUUACCCCUCAGUCAGUAUGGCCUUGACAGCUGUAGAGUGUGAAGACAGUGUGUACAGAGAUAGGGUGGGAAAGUUAUUGGGGGGAGUGUGCCACCUCUACACCUGCGGCUGCAGUACACCCCACUCAGCCCUGUCAACCUGGAGUCACCCCUCCCUACACCUCUGACAGACAACCAAGAAGGCGCUGGUGUACUCUACAUUGUGGUCCAUGGUGCAGACAACAUCACGACCACCACAGAAUAUCCCCCCAGUCCCUACUGCCUUAUCUUCAGCAACCGCAGGAAGGUAAAAACAACCCACUAUGUAUGUGAAUGUGGAUCGCCACGGUGGGAGUGUGGGGUGGAGGUGCUGGUGAGGGACGUGGCCACAGUGACACUGGCAUUAGCUGUUUGCUCUCUGCCACGUGGGACUCAGGACACAGAGCUUCUAGGCCUUGCCUCUCUUUCCCUUGCUACUGUGGAGCUGCCUAUGGUGCGUCAUCAACUUCCUCUCACCCGUAGCCUUCCUACUCCUGGGGGUGUUACAUCUUCCUUGUCUUCACCCGGGACAGUAACAGUAAGUGUAGUGUUUAGGUCUGUACCAUCGGUAGCUGGAUGUAACAUAUCCUCAGCUGACUUGGGUUCUGACAAAGGGCCUGCUUCCAGUGUAACCCUACCACCAGUCUCCCAGCCAUCACCAUCUUUUACGUCAGGACCCCAACGUAGAUCCUCUCUCCCUUUGACUGAUGAUGAUGAUUUGGCCUUCAAGAAGCGCACAAACACACCCUGGUACAGCCAAGCAACUCGACUCCUGGGAACAACUCGGGAAGGAGAGGCUGGCACACAGGACAUAGGAGAUAUCAUUGCUUCUGGUUUGGGUCUUAUGGAACUCACUAUAAUAAGGGCACGUGAUCUAGUGGCUAAGGAUCUAAAUGGCUACAGUGAUCCAUACUGUGUGGUGAAAGUUAGUGGAGAAGUUAAAUAUAGGACAAGAGUCAAAAAGAAGACAUUGAACCCAGAGUGGGAAGAAACUCUCAUGACUCAUUUGCCUAAGCAUCCAGAUGCUUUGGCCAUUCACCAGAUAAAACCAUCACAGGCUACAAUGAGAGUUGUAGACAGUUCUUUAACAGCUGAAGAUGAAACACUGAAGGGAGAAGAUUGUGUGAUGGACCACACUGAGGAUGAUAUGAUAACUGUAUCACUCGAGGAAGACUCCGGAGUUGUCUUACCAAACACUCCACCCUCAUUGGAGGAAGAGGAUGUGCGAGCUUCUUGUGAGCCAUCACAUAGUGUGUCAUAUGCCAGCAAUGGUGUGAGUGUUACCUCAGCAGUGCCAACACUCACUAAUGGAAGAAGGGCUAGUGAGUCAGCUGUUAUUGACAGUAAGAGGGAUCCAGUGCCUGAAGAUCGCAGUGGCACCUUCAGUGGUUCUGCCACUCCAGCUUUUGCAAGUCCAGUUCAUUCUUCAACCAGAUCAAGAAGAACUGGCGCUAGGAUCAUUGCUAGUGCUCUGUCGAUGGCACGGCCCCGGCCUAGAAAUGAGACUUCCAGUGAAGCUUCAUCCACUACAGCUAGCCCUACCAGAAGUCACCAAAGUCCACCUUCCAUUACCAAGCCUGUUCCCAAGAUCAGUCUUACAGAGCACAGUGAGGAUGAUUAUGGUGGCAGCAGUCCUGAGCGUCAUCAUAAGAACAAGAAGUCGUCUGAUGGAGGGCUGCGUGCAGUGCGGGACAAGAUGCGCCGUGGCUUUGCGCAUCCACUCCGACGCUUCCGGUCCGAGGCCAGUGUACGAGAGGAUGCUGUACAACCCCAGGAGAACCUUGAUCCACGCCUAGAGCUGGCUCUGAGCGUGGGUGUACCAGUGCGUGUGGGCGUAGGCGGAGGCGAGGGAGACGCCAGUGAGCUGUUGGAUGAGCCACUCACCCAUGCAAAGUCCCAACCCAACCUCCUCCUCAUGGGCCCCGACGCAGCCAGACUUUCGUCGCCUGCGAAAGUAGUAAGCAGCAGCAGCAGCCACGGACAGCAGCGUGCAGAUAUGUUUGUGAAUGUGCGCGGGGUGGCAGGGAGGGUUCAAGGUCUCCACAUACCUCGCUCUGGCCUCCAGCUUUUCCUCAGGGUCCGCAUCAGUGAUGACAAAAACAGCAGCAGCAGCCUAAGUAGCAGCUUCAGCAGCAGUCUGAGCAGCAACAGCAGCAGUCGUGACCGAAGCACCAAAACGGUGGGUAGAUCUCGCCUGGUUCCAGCAUCACCUUCUCCAACUUUCGAGUGUGAUUGGCAAGUGGAUGGUGAGGUGUCAAGGCGAGCGCUGCUCAUCCUUGAAGUUCGCACUGGCUCUAGAGAACUUCUCAACUCUGCCAACAUUGCCCUUGGAGAUGUCUUUACUGAGCCUGGAAAUGAGGGCAGCGUGGAAACCUGGGUUAACUUGCAGGGAGGAGCUACCCUCUUCCUGCGAGCAAGCCAUGGUGGUCAGGCACCCAGCUCAUCUAGAAGACGCUCUCUCUUCCGCUCCUGGUCUCUACACAAGCUUGGCAAGAUUUGAAAUCAGUUCCCCCCACUCAGUGUAAGGGCCUACCAUUGCAUCAUUGAAUUUCUUGACAAGUUCUAAAGGCCUGUUAUCAGCUGCCAGUGUCACAAUGUGAAGAACAUUUGGCACAGUCUCACAGUUUAUCAGCACUGUCUGAGAGCCUGAUGAUAGAUUCAUGGUGACCUUAGUCAUCUGAAUCCCUCCAUCCCAGUCAGUAUAAUCUAGGAGGCUGUGAGUGUGGUAUGAGGAGUUACCAGUGCCAUCUCUUGUUUAUAAAGCAGGAUCUGUGAAGUUUUUAUCAUAAUGGUGCUGUUUAAGGGCCUAGUGUAUUGGUAUAACCAAGGAACUGCCUGCACUUCCUGAGGACAGUCAGGAUCUGGUAGCAAUUUAUGACAGGAAACUGAUCAUUGUUUAUCAGAUCCACUUAAAUGAAUGAACAGUGUUAUACACCACUCAAAGAAAUGUACAGUUACAUAGUGACAGGCAUAACAUCCUGGUUGACUAAGAUUGAUUUACAGAGAUUACAUUCCUUGUACAGUAUUACUGGUUCAGUACGAAGCUGUUACAAUAAUUAUGUAGUGCAAAUAUAUGCAUAUCUAUAUGGGUUGUGCUGUUAUAAAAAGUUGUAUCAUGGGAGUUAAUUCAGACAUUAAAGGAAUAUCAUUAUAAACUAGGCCUUACCAACUAUUGAAGUUAUUCAGACGUGUUUAAAUCUAAGGUACCCCUCCACUACAAGUUUUCAAGCCUUCCAAAAGGGUUUUCUCUCACAUACACAAAGUUGCAACUUCCCCCAUUUUCAAGAUAAAAAAACCAGCUAAUUUCAUAAUGCUUUCAUCCAAAAAGUAGCCAUCAAAAAUGUGGAAACCUAUCUCCUAUGCUAAAGUAAAAAUACAUACAUUGUAUGUAACCAUAUUUGUAAAAAAUUAUAUCAGCAUUUAAGUGAGCUGAUCUCUCGGUGGUUUAGGCCAGCACUUUUUUUUUGGCCCUUAAGAAUAACUGACUUUAGACAAGUACAGAUACAAAAUAAUUUCUCUACAUUCCAUAGGUACCUUUAGCUCAGUAAUGUGUUAAGAAUUCUUGAGCAUUUACUGUAACUAUCCUGGAUCUAAAAUUAAAUUCCAGUUCAAGUUAGUAACUACACAAUAAUAGUUAAUUAGGUUUAAGACCUAUUGACUACCUGAGAGUCAUGAAGGCUACAAUCAGUCUACUGGUAGAUACUUAACACAAAGAAUGCUUGAAUUCCUAAGAUCUGGUUUACUUAAGCAAAAUCUGUGUACAGUAUAAUACAAUGAGAGAUACAUACCUCUUAUUACAUAUUCCUUUGACAAAAUCCAAUGUUGCGUGAAUGUUGCGCAAGUGUUAAAACUAGUCAGAACCAAGGACUGUAACUGGGAAUAAAAUACAAAACCAAAGCAUUUCCUAGUCAUUAAUUACUUCAAAAGUGUAAGAAAUAAUUUUAAAAAUGAAAAUGUUCUAGAGCAUUUUAUUGAAAAUAUUAGUGCUAAGCAGUUGGGGUUAUCAACAAAAUUCAUGUUAGCAGUUUUUGCAUAGAAACAGGCACAUUUUAUUGUUGCAGUCUAGCAGUAUGGUAAAAAACAGGCUUUCCUCGCUAGCUAAGAAUUAGUAAUGUAUAAACCUUCUGUUAAAUGGUGGCCUUAUCCAACAAAUAUUUAAAUUUAAAUAAACAAAUUAAGACUAGUGAUUAGCAUGACAGCAUAUUAGCAGAUAGCGCACUGAGCAGUGACUCACAGCGCUUGCCUUCCACCAAUGACCCUCACCAUUUUAUAUUUCAGGUAAACAUGUUAAACUUUUUGUCACAAUAGUACAGACAUGUAGCUUUAUAAGAAUUUUCACAGUUAUUUAUAUACAGUACUUCAAAUAAGUUUUAAUUAUAUGCAUUGGAACAACAGCUAUGAUGCACUGUUGUUUGUAACUGUUAUACUGACUGAAGAGUCAGCUUGGCCUCAUGGCUAAAAUGUACACAUAGUAACUAGAUGAUCCUAUGUGUGUAUGUAGGUACUCUUGUACAGGUGUCUCUCACUUUGUGAUGCAUUCCAAGCUGAUGGCACAUAAAAUCAACCCAAUAUGACAUGUAAAACAGGAACAGAAAGUAUGAAUUUGUCACACACACAUACAUCACUGCCCUAUGUGAAAGUGAAAUUAAUUUGCUUGUAAAACUGAGAAAAAUGCAAAAUUCAAUCAUAAUCUCUAUACAUACUACAAUUAACAGCCAGAAUUGUGGAAAAAUCCACAUUUCUUGACAUUUUUACAAAAAAAAAAAAAAUGGAGCAUACCACAUAGGCACCAAAUGACUAUAUAGCAAAUAGGAAUGAAUUUGGUCCAAAAAUAACUUUAGAAAAAUAAAAUUUGGUAUUUAAUCACCGUCUGUUUGUUACUCCUUUUCUUCCUCCACCACUGUCAACCAUCCAGGCUGUCUUUUGUUUGGAUUAAUGUAUACAGGUUAUGAACCAUAUAUCUCUCCCAUUCUCCACCCCUAGCCCAGAUUUCACUUAACAUAUUAUUAUUAUUAUAAUCAAAAAGAAGCGCUAAGCCACAAGGGCUAUACAGCAUUCACUUAACAUAAUUAUAUAGUCGAGUGCCUAUUUUCUUUUGACAUAAAACUGUUAAAUUGAAAACUAGCCAUAGAAUUCCAUUCAGAAUAUGCUCAUUGGAUUUCCUACUCCCAAAUCAUACUUCUUUCUUAAUUACUUCUUAUAAAUGUCAAUACACACUAGUUUAGGGUGAUUUAAAUUGGUAUCAUUAUAAAAUCUAAGUGAUGUUGGGCUUGAGUGACUGCAUAAUAGCAAAUUUAUACUGCAUAUAACAAAUUACUGGUAGAAAUGAGGUCACUACAUAAAUGCAAAUUCAUAUAAAAUGAAAACCACAUAAAGCAAGGGAACCUGUACUUGUAUACAAAAUGUGAAUAAUAAAUAUUCCUGCUGGUCUUGUUUGUUUACGUAUGUCACCUUGUGUUUUGACUUAAGAUGACAAAGUUUAUUGUUAAAGUAACAUAUUCUAACUUCAUUUACCUAACUGAGGUAGCUGACAGCUUUCUUCCAAAAUGCAAAAAGUAUCAGUCAUAUUCUCAAACUGUUGUAAGUUACUGUUAAAGAAAUUCAGAUUUAGAGAGAAUCUACAAUGUGUACUCUUUAUUCGUAGAGUGCUAAACCUAUAUGGGUCAUUCAGUGCAUCCUCCAUUGGGUAAGAGCAAGGCAGAUGUGCUGCUUACUUGUACUC